AUGGGCGCUGUGGCUUUUGGAAUUGGCUCGAUGAUUUACUCUGGGCUAGAAUUUGGACAAUACUUUGAGCUCGAAAGAAACACCAAGUGCCACAAUAUUAUGCUGGCACUUACUCCUGCCACGCGGAUGGCUUUUAUAUUCAUUCAAAUGUACUUCAUUUUCUUGAACAAUCAGCAAAUGAAAGUUUCUUCACAUCGACUGCUCGCACGCUUCGGACUCAUGCACAUGAUUGGUACCAACCUAUCGGUUUGGCUUAAUGUCCUUGUUCAGGAGACUAAGCAUGAAAUACUCACGUUCUAUAACCCGGAAAAUAAUUCCUUGAAAAUUUCUCAUCGACUUGGAGCGAAAGGAAUUCAUUUAGGCGGCCAUACGCAUACACACCACGGUGAGAAUGUCCGCGUAUCCCGGGGAUUAAAGGGCCCGCACCACAUGUUCGAAUGUCGACGAACAAAUAUUAUGGGUUCGCUGGUCCAAGACGCGAGUCCUUUUCUAUUUCCUUGCACCAUUGAGUACAGUUUAAUUUGCGCCGCUAUCCUGUACGUCAUGUGGAAAAACAUCGCGAAACAGAGAUCGAGCACUAAUCUACCGACCGGAACUACCGGUAAUCACGUUCACGCCCACGCUUACAGACGAUCGCCGCACUACUACAGCGUGGACUGCGCCCGCGCUCACAAGGGUCUAUUCGUAGGAAUCCUAAUCCUCGUGCUAACAAUAAUCUCAUUAAUCCUCUUCUUCGUGCUAAUUUCCCGGUCAGAGCUCGUGAGUUUCGCCGUGACCGAAGUGAACGUCUGCGAGCUGACUCUCUACGGAAUGUCGACGGUGGCGACUCUGAUCGGGAUGAUCCAGAUGCGACGACUGAGGUACGACGGAGCCCGGAACCUGGAGCUGGACAACAUCCUCCUGAUCGCCGCACAAACCGGGAUGUUUAUCUACUCGACGUUCACGAUAAUAAGCGGGUACUUCACUCUCGAGAGGAACACGAUCCUCGUCCUGGUGACGGCCCUGGCCAGCGUAAUUCAAACUACCUUCCAGACAAUCUUCAUCCUCGACGCGUCAAGAAGGUCUGUCUCCUCCCCCGAGCAAAUUAGGCGCAAGCCUGGCCGCGAGAUUGUUACCUUUUUACUGGUGACAAAUCUCGCGAUGUGGGCGAUAAAUACUUUGGAGAAGUCCCGCGCGGAAUCACAUCCAGUUCAGCUGCACUUUUACGGCCUGUGGGCCUGGACGAUAAUCACACACGUGUCGAUGCCCCUCGCGAUUUUCUACCGGUUCCACAGCACUGUUUGCCUUUGCGAGGUGUGGAAGAGAGCUUACAAAGUUAAGCCGACAUACAUGUGA